GCCUUUCUGUCGGUUUUCUGGGCACCCAAGCUGCAGACCUGCAGACCGCGCCCAGGCUGGGCCGCGGUGAGCGCUCCUUUCCAGCAUGUUGCGGCGGGGCAGCCAGGUGCUCCGGCGCUUCUCCACCAGCCAGAUUUAUUUCAAGAACAAGCUGAAGCUGGCACUUAUAGGCCAGAGCCUCUUUGGACAGGAAGUCUACAGCCAUCUCUGCAAAGAGGGCCACCGAGUCGUGGGGGUGUUCACUGUCCCAGACAAGGAUGGAAAAGCUGACCCACUGGCUUUGGCUGCAGAGAAAGAUGGGACCCCUGUGUUCAAAUUCCCUCGAUGGAGAGUCAAGGGCAAGACCAUUAAAGAGGUGGCAGAGGCCUAUAGAUCCGUGGGCGCCGAGCUGAACGUGCUUCCCUUCUGCACGCAGUUCAUCCCCAUGGAUGUAAUUGACAGCCCAAAGCACGGUUCUAUCAUUUACCACCCGUCCAUCCUGCCCAGGCACAGAGGAGCCUCUGCUAUCAACUGGACUUUAAUAAUGGGUGAUAAGAAAGCUGGAUUUUCUGUUUUCUGGGCUGAUGAUGGUUUAGAUACAGGACCCAUACUUCUUCAGAGAUCAUGUGAUGUCAAACCCAAUGACACGGUGGAUGCACUUUAUAAUCGAUUUCUUUUUCCAGAAGGAAUCAAAGCCAUGGUCGAGGCCGUCCAACUCAUAGCUGAUGGAAAAGCUCCUCGUGUUCCCCAGCCAGUAGAAGGGGCAACAUAUGAAGGUAUCCAGAAAAAGGAAAAUGCCGAGAUUUCUUGGGAUCAGCCUGCCGAAGUUUUGCAUAACUGGAUCCGAGGUCAUGAUAAAGUCCCUGGAGCUUGGACGGAGAUAAAUGGACAGAUGGUCACUUUCUACGGCUCCUCAUUACUGAAUAGUUCUGUGCCUCCCGGAGAGCCACUAGAAAUGAAAGGUGCCAAGAAGCCUGGUCUUGUUACCAAACAUGGACUUGUUCUUUUCGGUAAUGAUGGAAAAGCACUGAUGGUAAGAAACCUGCAGUUCGAAGAUGGAAAAAUGAUUCCUGCCUCUCAGUACUUUACAGCGAGUGAGAUGUCAGCCGUCGAACUUACAGCUGAAGAGGUGAAGGUCGCAGAGACCAUCAAGAUGAUCUGGGCUGGAAUUUUAAGCAAUGUUCCUAUUAUUGAAGACUCAACAGAUUUUUUUAAAUCUGGAGCAAGCUCAAUGGAUGUUGCCAGGCUGGUUGAAGAGAUCAGACAGAAAUGUGGUGGGCUUCAGUUACAGAAUGAAGAUGUCUACAUGGCCACCAAGUUUGACGACUUCAUCCAAAAGGUUGUGAGGAAACUGAGAGGAGAAGAUCAAGAAGCAGAGUUGGUGGUGGAUUACGUGUCAAAGGAGGUCAAUGAAAUGACAGUAAAAAUGCCAUAUCAGUGCUUCAUAAAUGGGCAGUUCAUAGAUGCGGAUGAUGGGAAGACCUAUGACACUGUCAACCCAACUGAUGGAUCUACAAUAUGCAAAGUAUCCUAUGCUUCUCUGGUGGAUGUUGAUAAAGCAGUAGCUGCAGCAAAAGAUGCUUUUGAAAACGGAGAAUGGGGAAGAAUGAAUGCACGAGAAAGAGGAAGGCUGAUGUACAGACUUGCAGACCUACUGGAAGAGAACCAAGAGGAGCUGGCAACCAUUGAAGCCCUUGAUUCAGGGGCUGUCUAUACUUUGGCUCUGAAGACUCACAUUGGAAUGUCUGUGCAAACAUUCAGAUAUUUUGCUGGCUGGUGUGACAAAAUUCAGGGUUCUACAAUUCCAAUCAACCAGGCACGUCCAAAUCGCAAUCUGACCUUUACCAAGAAGGAGCCACUUGGAGUCUGUGCCAUUAUCAUUCCCUGGAAUUACCCUCUGAUGAUGCUGGCGUGGAAGAGUGCUGCAUGUCUGGCAGCAGGCAAUACCUUAGUGCUCAAGCCAGCACAGGUCACACCCCUGACUGCUUUGAAGUUUGCAGAGCUCUCUGUGAGAGCCGGCUUUCCUAAAGGGGUAAUCAACAUCAUUCCAGGCUCAGGUGGCAUAGCAGGACAACGCCUCUCUGAACAUCCUGACAUUCGCAAACUUGGGUUCACUGGUUCCACCCCUAUUGGUAAACAGAUCAUGAAGAGCUGUGCUGUGAGCAACUUGAAGAAAGUUUCCCUUGAGCUUGGUGGCAAAUCCCCGCUUAUAAUAUUUAAUGACUGUGAACUUGACAAGGCUGUGCGAAUGGGCAUGGGAGCAGUGUUUUUCAACAAAGGAGAGAACUGUAUUGCAGCUGGGCGGUUGUUCGUGGAAGAGUCCAUUCACGAUGUCUUUGUGACUAGAGUGGUAGAAGAAAUUAAAAAGAUGAAAAUUGGUGAUCCACUUGACAGAUCUACCGACCAUGGGCCCCAAAAUCAUAAAGCCCAUCUGGAAAAACUGCUGCAAUACUGUGAAGCUGGAGUGAAAGAGGGGGCCACUUUGGUGUAUGGGGGAAGGCAAGUCCAAAGGCCAGGCUUUUUUAUGGAACCAACAGUGUUCACAGGUGUGGAGGACCACAUGUACCUUGCCAAAGAGGAAUCCUUUGGGCCUAUUAUGGUGAUUUCUAAAUUCCAAAAUGGGGACAUCGAUGGAGUGUUGCGGCGAGCAAAUGACACAGAGUAUGGUUUGGCCUCGGGGGUUUUCACGAAAGACAUAAACAAAGCUAUGUAUGUGAGUGAAAAACUAGAAGCAGGAACUGUUUUUAUUAACACAUACAACAAGACGGAUGUGGCAGCCCCGUUUGGCGGAGUUAAACAAUCUGGCUUUGGAAAAGACUUAGGUGAGGAAGCUCUAAAUGAAUACCUCAAAACCAAGACGGUUACACUAGAGUAUUAGAGCAAGGCCUUCAUCAGGAAACCCUCAUGGGUGGCACCACUUUCGACACCUGAUCUCGAAACCUGGGCAUGCUGAGGAAGACGCAUCAGCUCUGGGCCAAGAAAGAACACGUGGACCAUGAAGACCAUCAGGCCACAUGCCUAAGCAUUUACACCCGUGCCUCAGUAUUUUCUAAUACAUCUUUUAUACCUUA